AUGGCGGCGGCAAUGCCAAUUAACCCCAAACCUUUCCUCAAUAGUCUCACAGGGAAAUCUGUGCUUGUUAAAUUAAAGUGGGGGCAUGAAUAUAAAGGUUUGCUAGUUUCAGCGGAUGGGUACAUGAACUUACAAUUAGCUAAUACUGAAGAAAUUGUUGAUGGAUCAUGUACAGGAAAUCUUGGAGAAGUCCUAAUUAGGUGUAAUAAUGUUUUAUAUGUAAGAGGAGCAGAGGAAGAAGAUGAAGAGGGGGAGAUGAAGGAG